AUGUCCUCAGAGGAAGGUGAAGAGAUGAUAGGCCUCACUGAUGAGGGUAAUGUUGACCCAAGCCAGUUCAACGGAGGAGGCUCUCACGGCCGGAUACUGCGAUAUAUUGCAGAAGCCCCGACCUCCAUUUACAGGCCCCUUGACUGGGCCGAUGGCCCACAACAUCUGGUCACUGGAAUACAAAGAAGUUCAGCACUUGGACAACAAUUUGGAAUCAUGGCACCAGAAGGAAAGGAAUGUUCGUACUGUCUUAAUCACGGGGGCAUCUUCAAGUCAUGUGUUGCUUUUGCUUACAAUAUAAGCGGAGUGCCCAUGGUGAUGUACGAGGGUAGUUGCAUGAAUUGUCACUGGGAAAAGUCUACCGAUGCUCCUGCUUCAAAGACCGGUAGAACUUAUGACAAGUCAUCUACCAAAGCCCAUUCCUUGACAGGACCGCAGUACGAUAGGAUUUGGUAUUCAUCGCCCCUUGACGAUCCCACCGUGGGGUCAAAGGAAGGCUACCGCGAAAAGCGGAUCGCUCUCCGUUCGUUGGAGUCUGCCAAGCAUCGCAUCGACCACGAUAUCGCAAAAAUUACUAGAUUCCUUACCGAGACUGGCCAUAUCGAUUCUUCUAGUGAUAACGAGGAUGGUUCUGGUGCUGAAAAUGUCUUCGCUGGAUUCAAGCAUAUGAAGGUUGGGACAGAAGCUGAAAGGAAACAAGAGGAAGAGGAAGAGGGAAAUGAGCGACAUGAGUAA